AUGUCUGCCCAGUUUACUCAACUUUAUGGUGAAGAUAAAGACAAAGACUGUUUUUCUAUGGUCCAAUCUGAACUGGUUGAGCUGUUCAAUGAUUAUGCAGCCACUUACUCUGUGAAUGUAAGCACUGAACCAGCUGCUGUUGCCCAACCUUCUCAACCAGUGACAGUGAACUCUAGUGCUACUACAAAGCCACAAUCUAGGUUGAAAAGUGAACUCAAAAGGCAAAUGUUGGAGAGUGGUGGAAGCAUUAGACAGAUUGAGCUUUGCCAGCCGACAAGUCCCCGGCAAUGUGCCCGCGGCUGCGGCUUCUUCGGCCACCCGGAAAACAAGUUCCUCUGUUCCAAGUGCUACGCCGACUAUCUGAAAGAAGAGAUUGCCAAGUCGGCCGCCGUUACUCUCACAUCGUCACCAUGCAAAACGCCGCAGGAUUCAUCCGCAAAUGCCGAUUUGGCCGCCGAGUUUGAGGUGGCGCCGACGAAGAGUAAGAGGUGUUUCUGCUGCAAGAAGAAGGUUGGGUUGAUGAGCUUUGGGUUCCGCUGUGGAGGAACGUUUUGUGGGCGUCAUCGCUUCCCGGAAGAACACAAAUGCGAUUUUGAUUUCAAGGCUUUAGGACGUAAGAUUUUGGCUAUGGAAAAUCCGGUCAUCACUGCUGACAAGUUGCCGGAAAGGAUUUAA